AUGGACUUCAACAUAGACUUCGGAAGUACCGCAGGCUUCAAAUCGUACGCGAAGAAGAAGAAGGCUGCUGCUACCAGGUUCGAUCCAUUUGGUGGUGACGAUGGCAACGAAAAGAAGGGUGAUACUCCUUCGGGUGGUGCUGGUGGCAACGAUGAUGGCUUAGGUGGUGGUGAUGGUGGAGAUGCUGCUGAUGCUGGUGGAGGUGGCGACGAAAACAACGGGGGCAACGACGACGAUGAUGCAUGGGGCUUUAGCACUGGCAAGAAGUCAAAGAAGAAGAGCAAGAAGAAGCAAGAGGAGGAAGAGGAGGAGGAACGCAAGCGGAAAGAGGAGGAAGAGGCACAGGCCGCUCAGACCAAUAAUGCCGACCCUCUGAGCUGGGCUGACGACACAAACGCUGAAGGCAAUGAGGAUUGGACCAUGUCAUGGGGAGGUGCAAAGAACAAGGAUAAGAAGAAGAAGAACAAUGCUGUCCCUACAGUACCUGACCCACCACCGGCAACCUCAGCUUUCCAGGAUAUCAGCCUCGACGAUACUGCCCCUAAGCUCGAUUUCAGCUUUGAUGGUCUCAGUGGUGACAAAAAGAAUGAAGGCGGUGGCUUUGGUAGUGCUUGGGGCAAGACCUGGGGUUUCAACAGCACCGAUAAGGAAGACAAAAAGGAGGACGUUACCGAUCUUGGGUCAGGCAAUCCUUGGGGCUUCGGUGCGUCGAAAUCUAAGAAGAAAACGACAACAUCGUCCUUCGACUUUGGGGAUUUCAGCACUGGUACCGACAACGAUCUCACCUUUGCUGGCACGGAUGACGUGGUUGACACUAGAGCAGACGACGCUUGGGGGUUUGGAAAGAAGACGAAGAAGAAAGGAGGCAUCGAAGAGAUCAAAGAAGAGCCGGAGCCGGAGCAGAAAGAAGAGGACACGUGGGGAGGCUGGGGUGGUGCUAAGAAAUCUAGCAAGACCAAGAAGAAGGACACGUUCGAAGAUACCCUUUCCACGAAUACUACCGCUGACAAUGGAUUCGACUGGGGCUUCGGUGGCUCAAAGGACAAGAAAAAAGAUCUUAUUGACGAGGUCGAGGAGACCCCUGCAGCGAAACAAGACGAAGGCGACGACUGGAUGUCUGGCGCGUGGGGCACUGCUGCAAAGAAAAAGAACAAGAAGAAGGCGGACGAUUUGACCACGUCUGUUGAUUUGACUGGACAUGAUGAUCCACCGACGAACACGUUCGACACAGCGAAUGACGAUACUUGGGCCACGUUUGGAGCAGGCAAGAAAGACAAAAAGAAGGGCAAGAAAGGCCUUCUCGACGAUGAGUUCUCACCACUUCCCGAGGCUCCUGAACCUCCAUCAGCUGCUGAUCCGGAGUUUGAAGCAGCUAAAGAACCGCUUGUUGCAUGGGAUUUUGGCUUGAAUACGCGGGAGAAAAAGAAGAAGGAGAAAGAGAUGAGAAAUGACCAUACGUGGGACACUCGUGUCACUCAAGAAAUGGUCGAUGCUGCCGAGGCCGAAAAGAUCGCCACGUUCAGUGAACCUUCUUUUGAGCCGGAGUUUGAACCAGUGCCUGCCCAAGCAAAGGAACCGCUUGUAGCCUGGGAUGCCGGGCUGAAUAAAAGCGCUCAGAGGAAAAAGGAGAAACAGAUGAAACUCGAUGGUACUUGGGAUGAGCGUGUGACACAAGAAAUGGUCGACGCCGCUGAAAAGGAGGCCGCAACUGCCGCGGAGACAGCUGCUCUUGAACCUGAACCAGAGCCUAUCCCAGAACCAGAACCACCUCCACCACCACCUACGGAGAGACUCCCGUGGGAUCACGGCCUUUCUCCAAAGGAUAGACGAGCAAAGCAGAAGCAAAUGCAAAUGGAUAAUACCUGGGCAGAUCGUCUAACGCAAGAAAAGAUUGACCAGGAACAGGCCGAGGCGGAAGCAGCUGCAGCGAUGGCUAUUGUGGAGCCAGAUCUCGAUGACCAGCUCGAGCCAGAGCAAGAUGCGCCAGCAGACUCUACUCAAGACGCAACCCUGUUGGAAGACUUGUUGCCUUGGGACUACAUGCUUACGUCGAAGGAGAAGAAGAAAAAGCAGGCCGAAAUGAAAGCCGACGGCACUUGGGAUGACCGCCUCACGCAGGAGAAGAUUGAUCAAAUGAUCGCCGAUCGUGAUGCUAACGCAGCAGGAGACUUCGAAGCCGACAUGAAUCCUAUCGUUGAGCCUGACCUAUUAGCAGAACCAGAAACACGUCCAGAGGACUUAGUUCCAUGGGACUAUGGCUUGUCCACUAAAGAAAAGAAGAAAAGAGAAAAGGAAAUGAGAGCAGCUCUUACCUGGGAGGAUCGCCUUACGCAGGAAAUGAUCGAUGAGAAGAUCGCAGCCGCCAAUACAUUUGUCAAUGAUGACCCAGAGCCUGAGUUACCUACAGAGGGUAUCGAGGAUGCCGAGCAGGCCGCCCUUCCCGAAAGCCUAGAGGAAGCCGAGAAAUUAGUGCCAUGGGAUCAUGAUGUCGCUACCAAAGACAGAAAAAAGAAGGAAAGGCAGAUGAAAUUAGAGGGAACAUGGGAGAUUCGCCUCACUCAAGAAAUGAUCAACGAGAGAAUUGCUGCCGCAAAAGCAGCUGCCAAUGCUCAUGUCGACCCUGAGGUCGAACCGGAGACCUUACUUGAGCCUGAAAGCAAUGUGCCGACCGAGUCACUUGAGGAGCUUGAAAAGCUCGUGCCAUGGGAUCAAGGCAUGUCUAAGGUUGAAAAGAAGAGAAGUGAGAAGGUCAUGAAGCUCGAUGGCACUUGGGAGAGCCGGCUUACUCAAGAGAUCAUUGAUGAUAAGAUUGCUGCUGCUAAAGCUGCUACCGAAAAUCUAGAAACAGAGGCUGUCGCUGAAACCGAGCCUGAACCCGAAUCGAUACAGGAAGCCGAGCCUCGCUUACCAUGGGAUUAUGGUCUCACAUUGAGAGAGAAGAAAAAGAAAGAAAAAGAGAUGAAGGCUGACAAUACUUGGGAGGAUAGACUGACGCAAGAGAGAAUCGACGAGGAAGAAGCUGCAGCUAAACAGGCUGUACCUGAGCCAGAAGCAGAGCCGGAGCCGGCACUAGCUGUUCAAGAACCUGCAGACAGUGGGUGGAGUUUCGGAUGGGGUGCCUCAAAAUCAAAGCCUAAGAAGAAAUCCGCGUUUGAACCCGAACCGGAGAAGAUUGAGGAGAAAGCUGAAGAUGGUUGGGGAGGUGGAUGGGGAUUCGGCCUUGGGAAGGACAAGAAGAAAAAGGAUAAGGCCUUUGAGCCUGAACCUGAGCAUAUCCCAGAGCCGGAUCGUGAACCCGAACCAGUCGAAGUUGUUGCUGUGAAGGAGGACAAGAUCGGCGACAUUUGGAGCUCUGGCCUGACUUCCAAAGACAAGAAGAAAAAGGACAAGAGUACGAAGAAGAGCGAUCUUUUCGAACCCGUCGUGGAAGAUCCUGGCCCUACGCCGGUGGCCCCAGUGGAAGACGAUAUGUGGGCAGCAUUUGGCAAAGCAGAUAAAAAGUCUACAAAGAAGAGCAAGAAAGCAGCUGAGGAAGCUCCUCCUCCUCCAGUGCCAUCACCACCCGCACUUGGGCUUACUCCUGAGCCAGAUGUUGAUACAACAGCAAUUCCAUCAGUGGACGACUUCUCAUGGGGUGGUCUCGAUACUGGUCGAAAAUCGAACAAAUCCUUAGUGGAAGAUCCACCAGCCAAGAAAAGCUCGAGCAGUCUGUGGGGCUUUGGCUCAAGCGGUUCGACUACGAAGACCAAGAAAGAGAAGGAGAAAGAGGCCAAGGCUCAGAAAGAGGCAGAAGACCAGGCUCAAAGAGAAGAAGAUGAGCGAUUACAACAUGAGGCUGAAGAAGCGGAAGCAGCAGCCAAAGCUGAAGAGGAACGGGUGGCUGCCGAACAGGAAGCCGCCAAGGCUGCAAAGAAGACGAAGAGUAGUAAGUCGAGCAAAGGUGCAACUCCAAAGGUUGAAGAGAAGAAGCAGAGCAGCGACUUGCUUGAUCUGCUUGACGAACCACUACCAACUCCAGCCUCGUCCUCAUCAAAGCUCAAAAAGACUUCCACUCGAGGCAGCGACAAAAAGCUUGAGGAUGUUGUAGAGGAGAAUACCAAAACUGACUACUUUAAUUUCUGGGAUGCUAGCGGCAACACGAAGAAGACAGCUGGCAAGAAGGACACGAGCAGUAAAAAGGAAAUUAGGUCUUCCGUACUGACCAAUGACGAGGACGCGCUACUGGCCGAGCUAAAUGAGGACGAGAUUCAGGCAAUUCUGGACGACGCCCCAGCAACAACUUCUACCAAACCUGAAAAGACCAUGAGCAACGGGAAAUCCAAGGUAUCUUCUUCUAUCGCUGAUCGUAUCAAAGCUCUGGAAACUCCAGCACAACCUACUGGCAAAAAGUCGAAGACCUCUAGUGCUGCAUUACUCGAUCAGGAGGUGGAGGCAGAGAUCGCGCUAACCCCGAAAGAGGUCAAGAAGGCAGCUAAGGGCAAAGCAUCCACUAAGUCCUCGAAGACACAGGUCGACCAACCAUCUUCGCCACCACACGUCGAGAUUGAGGGGAAGAAGUCCAAAGACUCCGUGCCUGGAAGCUUUCCAGGCGGGUUUGGUGAUGACGACGACCUCUUGAUUGAUGAACCAGCUCCAGCAGUCGAAGCAGAAGCUGAAAAGCCCAAGGUCAAGAAGAGCUCGAAAGUCGACAAGAAGACGACAACGAAACCAGCGAAGAAGAAGACUUCCGAGGCUGUGACGUUCGCCGAGCCUGAGCUUGAGCCUGUUGAAGACGCAGAUCUUCUUGGGGAAACAGCGGAAGGGCCCAGUCCGCCGCCAGAAUCUGAGCAGAAGGCAACGAAGAAAGAACGGCCACGAGUUGAACGAUCCGCAACAACUUCAUGGGGAUUCUGGAGUGCAGCGCCAACUCCAACUCCUAAGAAGCCAGUCAGAUCAAAGACUCUGGAGGACAUCUCGCCACCAAGCACGAGAAACGCCCAAAGCGUGUCUAGGUCGAAGAGCACGAAGGUAUCGAAGGAGAAAGAAGUUGAGGAAAAGGCUUCAAAGACAUCCGGGUCCGACAAAGAGGUCAGCGCCAAAUCAACCGAGCGACCAAAAGCUGGCCGGGGCAUGGGCUUCGCAAGUUUUAUGCUAGGUGCUGCACCACCAUCUGCGAUGCGGCCCGGCAACACCGAACGCCGACGUAGCACGACGGGAUCGAAGUCGUCCUCCAGGCGACAAUCUAUGGCUGAUAGCGGACUUAUAUCACCGCCACCUGAUGAUGAUGGUAUCAUUACGUCCAAGGCAGCAAAGCUAAUGGGUCUUACCAGUGGAAAGCCCUCUCGGCGAUCUUCUACUAAGGAUAAAAGCAGAUCGUACGUCGAUCCAUAUCCGAUAGAUGACGAUGAUAUGGUCAUGAUCAAUUCGAAGGAUGCCGAAAAGACUCCUACGAAAUCUAAGCCCAAGCCCAAGAUUGUCACUGAUGUCAAGAAGAGUUCGACAAAGCCACGCAGUAAGACAAUCUCAGGCGAUGAGGACAUGGUCAUGGUCGAUUCACCGCUUGCAAUAGAUUCGGCGAACGAUGACAUUGAGAGGCCGAGGUUACAACGCAGCAAUACUGGCAGUAAGAAGGUUGGUGGCUUGUUCGGCAGCCUUUUCGGUGGUGGUGCAAAGUUGGCGGAUCGAACGCGAUCCACUCCAGCUACUGACAACGAGGAUAAUGCCACACCGGUACGAUCACGAGCAAAUUCACAACGACGCUCACGAGUUAUCAGUCCAGCUGAUGGGUUUGCUGCCGAUGCACCAGGUGAAACAGAUGCUGAUGUGGUAAAGAAGGAGCGUCGAGCCAGAAGAGCCGCUGCUGAGAGAGCCGAAGAAGAAGAGCGCCUAGCUCGAGAGCAGCGUCGUCGUGAGAGGCGAGAUCGUGAAAAGGCUGACAUUGAGGCACGACGAGAAAAAGCUCGUGAGCAAGCUAGAAAGGAGAGGGAAGCGGAGGAAUCACGUAAGGAAGAACGCCGUGCACGACGACGAGAGAAAGAGGUGGCCGAACGCGAACGAGAAGCACGAGAGUUGGCUGAAAUUGAAGCUGCCGCUGAGCGAAGAAGAGAAGAACGAAGAAAGUUGAGAGCGCAACUUGAGGCUGAAAACGGGAUUAAGCCAUUGAGCAAGGACGACCGCCGUCGAACUUUUGCUGGUGAAGAGGAAGCACGAAGAGACAUAAACGAAGAUCGAAAGCCUCGGACCAAGACAUCAGCACGAAAGUCAACACCUCUAAUGGCCGAGUACCACGAGUCUCGGUCUGGAAGUGGUCGCGGCAUCAAACCACCUGAGAAUAAGACCAGCUCGUGGAUCGAUUCUCAGAAAGACGAACCACCCGAGCUACCUCCGGUAGAGCCUACAGUUCUUGAUGAGAGUGGACAAAGGGCAAGACCAGUGGAUGACCAUGACUCUGAGCGACGUCGUCGUCGCAAGGACAAGUAUGCUGGUAUGACGGAUGACGAAAUCGCCAUCGCCCGAGCAAAGAGAAGAGAAAGACGCAUCGUCGAAAAAAGCAGCAGUGGUGGCAGUGAUGAGAAGGAUCCAGAUCGAAAAAGAUCAUCCAAGCGACACAGCAAGAUUUACGAGGACGACUUUUACGCUCAUGCAGACCCAGUGAAGACAUACGAUGGAAGACCUCAACAGACGAAGCGAACUAGUUUCUUGGGCAAGUUCUUCUAG